AUGAAAGAAGUGAAGUGGUAUUUAGUCAAUUUACAUAUUACCAUCAUUCUAUUCGAUUACACCGUUGGUUUAUUGACUAUGCCGUUUGUACUGUUGCCAGCGUUUGCUUGGUAUACAUUGGGUUUAUUACAGUAUUAUGGAAUUUCUUUGAUUGGUCAAGCUAUUCUAUUUUUAGGUCUUUGUGGAUUCAUGAUAACCGCGAUAAUAGUGUUAUUCGAAAGCCGAUUCUUCAUAGUCUGCGAAUUCCGUGGUAAACACUAUUGGUCAAUGAUUCGAAGGAAAUGGAUAGCUUUUCUUUACGUGAUUGUUAUCCUGUAUUUUGUACCAUUCAAAUACUUGUGUCCCGAUCAGGAACCGGCGAAGCAACGUCUUUUUGAGCGACUACCGUGUCUCCCUUCUUAUAUCUACAAUGCUCCUAUAUUUGUACUUGUCGAGGACCUCACCUACCAUCUCGGUGUAAUUAUAGUAUGGAUAUCUGUCUGUUUCAUCGGACUCAUCUUUCAAUUAAUCUACAUUCACUGGAAUACUGUACAACAACUGAAGACCCAGCGGAUGUCCCGUAAAACUUAUCUAAUGCAGAGAAACUUUUUCUUCGCAUUAGUGAUUCAGUUGGCUAUCCCAUUGUGUACUAUUAUUGGCCCAGCGUUAGCCGCUUUAUUCUCAAUUAUUGUUCUGACUUAUAGGGUGCGAACCCCAAGUCAGAUGAGUUUGGCGAGAACAGGAAAGAGAUAG